AACAGUAGCAAACGUCAACAACUAGGGUAAAGAAAAGAGAGCCGCACAAACUUUAACUUUUCACCUUUUGUUAGAUAUCUAAUCUUCGAAGAUAGAUUCAGAUCGGAAACGGAAGAAAGAUUCGGUCUCGUCGAUAGAUCGAACGUCGGAGAAAUCGAAAGAGAAGAAAGACGACCACCACCACAACAACAAGCAGCACCGGAAGAAGAGCAAGAUGGCGUCGAGGGACCAGGUCAAGGCGUCGCACAUUCUGAUUAAGCAUCAAGGAUCUCGGAGGAAGGCGUCGUGGAAGGAUCCAGAAGGGAAGAUCAUUAUGACUACUACCAGAGAAGCCGCCGUCGAACAGCUCAAAUCGAUCCGUGAAGACAUCGUCUCCGGCAAGGCUAACUUCGAGGAUGUGGCUACUCGCGUUUCCGACUGUAGCUCCGCUAAACGCGGCGGAGAUCUAGGUCCUUUUGGUCGAGGUCAAAUGCAGAAACCAUUUGAGGAAGCAACUUACGCACUCAAGGUUGGAGAUAUAAGCGACAUUGUUGACACAGACAGUGGAGUCCAUAUCAUAAAGAGAACAGCUUGAUCCUGAUCUCCUUCAAAAGCCACCCUCUCAUGUAUUAAAAGUUGCCAGCUUAUUUUCCUUCUCUUCUAUAGACCAAAGAAGAACAUAGAAGAAGGAAGAAUAAGAUUAAGCUUCGUUGUUAUUAUGGCUUUGAUUCUGCAUGUUUCUACGGAUUUGAUACAAUCAAACAUAUGAUAAAACCAGUCAUUGUAUCUCAGUUUCUUCUUAUAACUUUCAUAAUGGUAAACUCUCGCGAGUAUUUUGGUUUCUCUUUUCCACUCUUCAUGGUGAUUAUAUCUUUUAAGGUGUA